AUGCCUUACAAUAUCGCCAUGGUUAGCGACAAUUUCUACCCGCAGCCCGGCGGGGUCGAAAGUCAUAUAUACCAGCUUUCCAGUAAAUUGAUCAACCGUGGCCACAAAGUCAUUGUUAUCACCCACGCUUUCAAGGGACGCAAAGGAGUUCGCUACCUUACCAAUGGCCUCAAAGUUUAUUACGUCCCAUUCUGGACCGUCUACCGCGAGACUACGUUUCCGACCGUCUUCUCCUUCUUCCCCAUCUUUCGGAACAUCGUUGUCCGCGAGCGAAUCGAGAUAGUACAUGGCCAUGCCAGUCUCAGCAACCUUUGCAACGAGGCGAUACUUCAUGCGCGAACUAUGGGCUUGUUUACCGUAUUUACAGACCAUAGCCUCUUCGGCUUCGCAGAUGCUGGUAGUAUUCUUACGAACAAGCUUCUCAAAUUCACCCUGAGUGAUGUAGACCAUGUCAUCUGCGUCAGUCAUACCUGCAAAGAGAACUGUGUUCUACGAGCAUCGCUUGACCCGCUCAUGGUCUCAGUCAUCCCAAAUGCCGUUGUCGCUGAGAAUUUUCGACCCCUUUCCCACGACUCUGUCAAUCCUCGUCGCAACAGCGGCCCCGGGUCUCCGCAGCCUCUCGGAUCGCACGACACGAUAACGAUCGUAGCCAUCAUGCGACUCUUCUAUAACAAAGGCGUGGAUCUUCUCAUCGCAGCGAUCCCCCGCGUACUUGCGUCGCACCCGAACGUCCGCUUCAUAGUCGCUGGCACAGGGCCGAAAGCAAUCGAUCUCGAGCAGAUGAUUGAGCGGAAUAUGCUACAGGACAGGAUUCUCCUGCUCGGAGCGGUGCGCCACGAAGAAGUCCGUGAUGUCAUGGUCAAGGGCCAUAUCUUCCUGAACCCGUCGCUCACGGAGGCGUUCGGAACUGUGAUCGUGGAGGCGGCAUCAUGUGGGUUGUACAUCGUCUGCACACGCGUGGGUGGCGUACCUGAGGUCUUACCCAACCACAUGACCGAGUUUGCCGCGCCCGAGGAAGACGACAUUGUUGCAGCAACCGGGCGCGCGAUCGCGAAGCUACGAGAAGGGAAAGUACGAACCGACUUGUUCCACGGCCAGGUCAAGCAGAUGUACUCUUGGACUGACGUCGCUGAGCGAACGGAGAGGGUUUACGAUGGCGUCGUGGGUGCUGCGGGUUCCGAGGAAUUCGGUGGAGGCGAUGCAGCGCGCGGCCGCGCUGGCGUCCGAAGCUUUGCGCUCAUCGAUCGGCUCAAGCGAUACUACGGCUGUGGAAUCUGGGCCGGCAAGCUUUUCUGCCUAUGCGCCGUCGUAGAUUACCUACUCUACAUCGUCUUGGAGAUAUUCGCACCUCGCUCGCGCAUCGACAUGUGCAGGGAUUGGCCGAAAAAGCUAUUUGAGGGAGACAAAGCGAAGACUGCGGACCUUGUAGAAGAAUCGGAUCCACUCACUCGUAAGCGAGGCUUGCGUCGCAGGGUACAGAAGGAAGAACCUGAUGCAAUAUAA